AUGUAUAGUGCUUACAUUCUACUGAUCAUUUGCGCACUCCAUCAAUACAAUUAUGGCAAAAUAUCUGCUGCAACAUCUGCUCAUAACUCGACAACAAAAUCGAAACAGGCUGAGAAAUUCUUCUCCCACGUUUUAGAUAUAAACAGUGAUGGUAUGGUCAAUUGGAUCGAUUUUGAAAGUGUUAUUGAAAGUAUUGUAUCGAAGGACGAAGCAUCCAAAAAUGCUCGAUUAAAAGUUCUUCGUAAACGUCUUGAACAACAUUUUCAAAAGUUUUUUUGGGAACUACUUAAAGUGGGUGACAGUAACCAAGAUGGUGAUAUUGAUUUAAACGAAUGGCUUAAUGUUUUGGAUGAUGUUGUAAACGAUUUGAAGAAAACAAAUGAGUUUCCUGAUUGGUUUGAAGAUCUUUUCAAAUCUUUAUGGCGCGCCAAUGAGUUUUUCAAUGAAAAAGCUGUAUUAAAAGAUGAAUUUGCCAAUAUGUUAAUAGCAUGGGAUAUUGAUGAAAACACUGCUGGAAAGUUAUAUGAUUUCAUUACUGAAAAUGGGAAAAAAGCAAUGGACUAUCAUCUCUUUGCGAUAUUAAUGAAGAAAUUCUUCCUCAACGAGAUUCCCAAUCAUAUAUUAAACCUUGGUCGUGCUUGA